CUUGGCUUACAUAUUCAGAAUUCAUCACACGAGUCCGACCAACUUCAACUCCUUACGACUUGAAACGCUAGUCUAGGCCAUAUUUGCACAAGAUGGCUUCAAACAAGCCUAAUAAGCUGGCAUUUUUGUCGAUGCCAGCUCCAGCUUCUUACGUGGCUGGCCUUGGCCGAGGGUUUCACGACGCGGUCUGAUAUCGGUCCUGCGCGAGAAGGUCCUUCUGCAGAGGUGAUCGCUGAAGCACAGGCGCGGAGAGGAGAAGAGCCAGACGUUGACCCAGAACAAUUCCAAGAUCCCGAUAAUGAAUAUGGGCUGUUUGCAGGCACUGCAUACGAACAAGACGAUGAGGAAGCCGACAAAAUUUACGAGUCCGUCGACGUUGCGAUGGAUGCACGACGCAAGGCACGCAGGGAGGCACAAGAACAAGCAGAGCUAGCGAAAUACAGAGCCGAACGACCCAAGAUUCAACAACAAUUUUCCGAUCUGAAACGUGGACUGUCUGCUGUAACGGAUGAAGAAUGGGAGAGUAUACCGGAAGUCGGUAAUUUGACGAGGCGUAAGAGACCCAAGUACGAGAGGUCGUUUGUUAUCCCGGACAGUGUGAUAGUCGGAGAUCGGACGAAAAAUGAGUACGAAAGUUCUUUGGAUAGUCGACAACAGUUGAACGGUGGAUUCGAAACUGCGGCAGAUUCUGGGACUCUAACGAACUUUGUCGAGAUCGGUCAAGCUCGUGAUAAGAUUUUAUCCCUCAAACUUGACCAGAUAUCUGGGACAUCGACAUCAUCUGGACUCUCGACCUCGAUCGACCCUAAAGGUUAUCUCACGUCCUUGAACAGCGUCGUGCUCAAGUCUGACGCGGAAAUUGGGGACAUCAAGCGCGCUAGGAUGCUGUUCGAUUCGUUGGUCAAAUCUAAUCCUAAGCAUGCCCCCGGCUGGAUUGCUGCUGCGUGUUUGGAAGAGCAUGCAGGAAGAAUGGUAGCUGCGAGGAAAAUCAUCAAACAAGGGUGUGAACAGUGUCCAAAGAAUGAAGAUGUUUGGCUCGAAGCCGCGAGAUUACAUAACAACCACGACGCGAAAGUGAUCCUAGCGAAUGCAGUUCAACAUGUUGGGCAAAGCGUCAAGGUAUGGAUUGCAGCGGCUGAGCUGGAAAGCGACGCUAAAGCGAAGAAACGGGUGUUGCGUAAAGCUCUCGAACAAAUUCCAAACUCUGUACGUUUAUGGAAAGAGACUGUGAAUUUGGAAGAAUCUGCCUCCGAUGCUCGAAUUCUUUUAUCUCGAGCUGUCGAAGUGAUACCACUUUCGGUCGAAUUAUGGCUUGCACUAGCGCAACUCGAGUCUUUGGAAAAGGCGAAAGGAGUUCUUAACAAGGCCAGGAAAGCUAUUCCCACGUCACACGAGAUAUGGAUUACUGCCGGACGUCUCUUAGAACAAGAAGCUUCUAUCGGCGAGAAGUCGGAAGGGGAGAGGCAAAAAGCUAUGGAUAUGGUGGACAAGACUAUCGAAGCUGGUGUUAAGGGGUUGCGCAGACAUCAGGUUCUUCUCACACGAGAGCAAUGGUUGAAGGAGGCGGAAAAGUGUGAAACGCAAGGAAGUGUGAGGACAUGUGAAGCGAUUAUAAAAGCAACAGUAUUUAUGGAUGUGGAAGAGGAGGACAGGCUGGAUACAUGGGUAGAUGAUGCUGAGAGUGCUUUGAGUCGUGGGAUGAUUGGGACAGCGAGAGCGAUAUUGGCUUACGCGUUGAAGGUGUAUCCGGAUAAGAAGACGUUGUGGAUACGAGCCGCGGGCCUAGAAAAGAGCCAUGGAACGAAGGAAAGUCUGGAUAAGAUCCUAGAGAGGGCGGUAGAGCACUGUCCACAGGCUGAGGUCCUCUGGUUGAUGGCAGCGAAGGAGAAGUGGAAUAAUGGCGAUGUGGACAGUGCGAGGAAAGUGCUUGCGAAAGCGUUCGAUGCGAACAAGGAAAGCGAGAAGAUCUGGUUGGCCGCAGUUAAGCUGGAGGCAGAGAAUAAUCAACUAGGAGUGGCCCGGGAGUUGUUGAUUCGAGCCAGAACUAUUGCUGACACCGAAAGGAUAUGGAUGAAGUCCGCCGUAUUCGAACGCCAGCAUGGACAAAUCGAUGCUGCGCUGCAAACCCUUGCCACUGCAAUUACCAAAUUCCCCAAGUUUGCCAAGCUUUAUAUGAUACAAGGGCAAAUACACCAGUUGCAAAAUAACUUCCCCGCAGCGCGCGGCUCAUUCAUGGCUGGUUACAAAGCUUGUCCGAAGGAACCUACUUUAUGGGUCCUUGCCAGUCGACUAGAAGAAGCCGAUGGGAAGAGUAUCAAAGCUCGAGCCCUCCUCGAGAAGGCGCGUCAAGUCAACCCUGGAAAUGAUGUUAUUUGGGCGGAAUCUGUCGGAGUAGAGGAGCGUUCAGGAGGUGCCGUGCCUGGUAAAACAAUGCUUGCUCGUGCUUUGCAAGAGUGUCCGUCAUCGGGAUUGCUUUGGUCGAUGAUGAUUUGGUCCGAGCCGCGCCCUCAGAGGAAAACGAGAGCUUUGGAUGCGUUGAAGAAGAGCAAUGAUAAUCCUCUAAUCAUCUGCGCGGUAGCACGGUUAUUCUGGGCGGAACGAAAAUUGGAGAAGGCGAGAGAAUGGUUUGGCAGGGCGGUUCCUCCAAGGCAGGAAAGUUCGGAUGUAGAUAACGGUGCAGAUAUUGGGGAUUUGUGGGGUUGGUGGCUGAAGUUUGAAAGACAACACGGGGUUGAGGAACAACGUGAAAUUGUGAGGUCAAAAUGCGAAGCUGCUGAGCCUCGGCAUGGACCUACAUGGCAAGCGAUAGCAAAAGACUUGAAGAACACCGGGAAGUCUAUCAGAGAGAUACUGGAAAUGGUCGCGGAUUCCUUACAGUAG